AUGAGUGUCUCGGUCGAGCGACUGGGCAAUGGCGCUGCGUUCUGUCUACGGGACGAGCUCACGGGCACUACGGUGCUCGUGGGAUGUGGCGAAGCAAGAGACCUGUCGUCCGUAGCUCCUGAUGAUGCAAACGCAGAGGACAUUGACGCAGUGAAGACGCAGUACCGACGCGAGUUGAAAGACCUGAUUCGGCGCGAAGGAAGCAGUACUCUCGCCGCUAUUCUGGUGCCGGACUACCGUCCUGGAGUCAGCUUCAUGCUUCCGUAUAUCACAGAGAAGUGUGGUGCGUCGUGGGGGACCUCCAGCACUGCUACAGCAGCUCAAGACUCGAGCCAGAAACAGUCCCCAGUGAUCAUUAUGACGCACGGCACACGAGCGAUUGCUCCACAUAUUCUCACAGAGUAUUGGACUGGGUGUCACGGGAAGGUGAAGGACAAAGGAAGCGGUUCGUCGGCUCUGUACGACGUCCACGACAUUGUUCCGGCCUUUGACAAAGUUAAAGCAGUUGGAUUGAAGGCUCGUGUGAGGGUCAACGACCACUUAAACGUCACGGCUUUUCACGCGGGUCAUGUCGCUGGUGGGUGUGCUUUCUACUUGGAGAUUGGAGCCACGACGGUACUUUUCGCCAAUGACUUUAACUUCACGGGUGGACGGGUGCUCUUGCCAGCACAGAUCCCACGAUUGGAGCCCUGUGCACUGAUAAGUCGCAGCUCAUUUGCUGUGACCGUAUCGGAGACGCAAUGCGCCAUGGAGAGGGAGCUUGUGAAGGUCAUUUUGGAAUGUGUCAGUUCGAAAGGCAAAGUAGUGAUUCCUAUCUACCGGCUGGGAUACUUUCAUGAACUAGUCACGAUUUUGCUGGACCAUUGGCAGCAGAUGAAGGAUGCUGCAGGGAAGGCAGGACGAUGCCCUAUCUACCUAUCAGACGCUGCGAUGGAGUAUCCAAGCAGAUACUUGCGCGUGCUAUCUCGCACGUGCACACCUGCACUUCAGAACUUGCUGCAGGGAAGGUCUUCACAUACUGCUGACCUGCAAGUUUUUGAUUGGACUCGGCUUCAGCAACCAGGACCGUUUGUGCUGUUCACGGGACCAGCUAACAUUUCUCAGGGUGAUUCACUGCGUGCUAUCAAGGCAGUUGCGAGCGAUCCGAAAAAUCUCAUCGUGCUCUCUGAAAACUGCACACCAGGCACGGUGAACUAUUUGCUGUAUGCAGAGCCUGAACGAAAGCGCGUUAGCAAGCGUCUUGGAGUGAAUGUGGAAUGCGGCGUGCACUACCAGCCUUGCGGCGAUGAAGUGGACACGAAGAGCAUCGUGCAGCUCGUAUCUCGUGUGGCCCCACAGCAGGUCAUUCUUGAUUACAGUGUCGAGAAUGACCUUGAGUUUGUUAAGACGCACGUCCACAACGAGCUGAAGAUGGAUCCAGCUGUUGACACUUGCGUGGUCGUGAAAGGCAUACAUGCCACAGGACGAACGCCUAUUGAACCUGCUCGAGAUAUACCUUUGCGCAUCCACAAGGCUAUGUUCAACAACCCUUCCGAUGUGCAGGGUAUGCUGAUUGCGGAAUCAAAGCGAAAGCUGAUGCUCGUGUCGAGCGGCAAUGGCGCACGCCGCCUGAAGAAGAAGAAGCACUCGCUCUUGUUCUCGUACUCAUGGAAAAAGCCGCUCCAGCCUUCACCUCGUGUGAAGAAGAAAAGCCUGCGUCCUGCAUCUGCGUUGUCAUUUCUUCUUUCUGCAGCCGUGGAGUCGGCCGAUGAAGAAGAAGAAGAAGAAGAAAGCGAACAGCAGCCCCAAGCGAGUGUGGACCAACUUCUGAAAUCGUUGGAGGUCAGUCUGGCCAAGUGGAUUUGCGACGUGCCUAUCGAGAAGAUCGACCGCUGGUUGAAGCUCCGCACAGUUGGUGUGGCAGUGUCUGCCGAGUGGGAAGUGCACAUGGAAUGGUCUUAUGACGACGAAGCUUUAGCUGGUCGGGUGCUUGGCAUUGCAAAGCAAGUCAUUUGCGCGGAAUACAAACGACAACUAGCAAAAUAG